AUGCAAGAUGCUCAUCCUUGCCCAAUUCCCAUGGCUAUUGGGACUAAGCUUUCUGUUGCAAAUAGUGAGUUGUUUAAGGCGUCUAGUCUUUAUAGAAGCACCAUUAGAGCAUUACAAUGCUUAACUUUAACAAGGCCUGACAUUAGUUUUACAGUCAACAAACUAAGUCAAUUCCUUCAAGCCCUAACAGAACUUCAAUGGCAGGCUUGUAAACAUGUGUUGAGGUAUAUCAAGGGCACCAAAUUCCAUGGCCUUAUCUUCAAACCAGCAGCCUCUCUUUGUGUUGAAUGCUAUGCUAAUGCUGAUUGGGGUAGUAACUUGGAUGAUAAAAGAUCCACAAGCGGGUAUUCAUAUGCUAUUAAUGCCUCAUAUAUUGUUAAGUUUAAUGGGUUCAAUUAUAAUGAGUGGAGUGAGCAAGUCGAGUAUUACUUGGGUAUUCAGAAUCUUGACCUUGCACUCAUGACAAAGAAACCAAUUGAUCUCACUAAGAACAACACUGAUGAGGAGAGGUCUUUCCAUAAAGAAUGGGAGAGAUUGAAUAGAUUGAGCUUGAAGUUUUUACGGAUGACAAUGGCGAGUGAAAUUAAGACUUCAUUUCCUGCCACAGAAUAUGCUAAGGAAUUUAUGAGAUUAGCCAAAGAGACUUCUCAGUCUGAGGCCGUUGACAAGUCUCGUACUGGGGCAUUAAUGAAUAGGCUGACCACAUGA